AUGGAAUUGAAGCUAAAGCUGAUCAAUCCUCAAAUGCUUUGGGUUUUAAUUGCUUGCAGCCUUGUGCUUGAGCUACAUGCUUCCAACACGUUCUUUAAUGAUUCGCUUGGCGUGCAUUUGAUUGCGUCUUCUCAGACAGAGAACCAUACUAAAGCAGCAUGCCCUUCUGGUUGGCUAAUCAGUUCAAGUAAAAAAAAGUGCUUUGGAUACAUAGCAAGCUCUCAGGCAUGGGAUGAGUCAGAGACCCACUGCAAACAUUAUCGUGGACACCUGGCAGCAUUAACUUCAUUUGAAGAUCCAGAUAUUGUUCGAAAGCUAUGUGGUGAAAAUGCUAAUAAUGGAUGCUGGGUUGGAGGGAGAGCCAUCAACUCUACAGUUGGUAUGGGCUGGAAAUGGUCUGACAGAUCAUAUUGGAACGAAACUAUCACACCUGGGAUACCUUUACACUCCACAUGCUCCAAUGUGUCAUGCCACAACAAUAAUUCAGUUGAUUUAUGUGCAUUGGUGACUAAUGGAACUUCACCACUCGUGGCUGAGAGAUGCAAUCUGUCUCAUGCUUUCAUAUGCAUGCUGGACAUAGAGAACAAAUGCGACCAUAUGCAUUGCCACAGGGAAUAUCUUAUUAUCCUUGCUGUUGUGAGUGGGUUGAUUCUCUGCACUACCUUAGCAGUCGUGAUUUGGCUCCUUGUUUACAGGCAGAGCAAGAGACGCCGAAGAUCUCGCAAACUAUCAAAUCCAGCUGCAUCAGCAUUGGUUCCCCCUUCAUGGAAAGUCUUCACUCGUGAGGAGCUGAAAUCAAUUACAAAAAAUUUCAGUGAAGGAAACCGUCUUCUUGGGGAUGCCAAAACAGGUGGUACAUAUAGUGGGCUUCUUUCUGAUGGAUCAAGGGUUGCAGUUAAAAGGUUGAAGAGGUCCAGUUUUCAGAGGAAGAAGGAGUUUUAUUCUGAGAUUGGUAGGGUAGCAAGACUUCGUCAUCCAAAUUUGGUGGCUGUUAAAGGAUGUUGCUAUGAUCACGGUGAUCGAUACAUUGUGUAUGAGUUUAUAUUGAAUGGACCUUUGGAUAGAUGGCUCCACCAUAUUCCGAGGGGUGGUAGGAGUCUGGAUUGGGCCAUGCGACUGAAAGUCACCACAACUCUAGCUCAAGGAAUUGCGUAA